AAUAUAAAUAAUUUGUAAAGAAGAAAAUUCAAGUGCAAACGAUAACAAAACAACAAUAAGAAAAAUGGAUGUGGAUAAUGACAAUUUUUACGAUGAAAUAGCAUCGUUUAUGCCGCAACCUGGCGACUAUAGCCUAGAUGAUUUGGAUGAAAUAAUACGUUCAACGGAUUCUCAUUUGGAUGCAUCAUUUGAUUUGAAUGCCUUUCCCAAGCCAUUGGGGGACGGUCAUCAAAAUGAGGACUAUGAUAUGGGUGCUGGUGUGGCCAUGGCCAUGGAUCCGCUACCCCAUAUGAUGACCUCCACCACUACUUCAGCUGUUUCCGCCGAUAAUCCUGCUCCAAGUGAUUUUCAUUUUGAUUUCUCCGCCUUUCCCUCCCCUGCCACUUCACAACAAUCGUCCGGCGAUUAUGUGUCACCAUUCGAUACACCGGUUCGCACCUCUUCAACAUCAUCGGUAGAUGGUGAUUAUUUCAAUCCGGAUGAUUUUAUUAAUUUCCUUAACGAUGACGAUGCCAAGUUUGAGGACCUGACUCAGGAUACAAUACGGAAACUGAAUCAACACAAUGAACGCAAUACCCCCUCGCCCACGGGAAGUUGUUCCAGUUCGAGUGGUAGUUCAACUACCAGUGGAGUACAAAGUGAUUCAUCAUCGUUGUUUUCGGUGCCACGCAAUGGUUCCGAACAUCAUUCGACGGCUGCAUCUCCCGAACAUGAACAUCAAGAUGAUCUGUCGGAAUUUAUACGUUUUAAAAAUGAAAAAUCGGAAAAUUCAAAUGGUUUUGAAGGUGAUGAGGAAAUGAAAACCACCACUGUAAAUGAAGAUGACAAUACCUUUGUUGCUCCCCCAACACCAGUUGUGGCUGCUGCUCCAGCUACUACGGCGGUGACAUUGGCAACCAAUCCCCCCACGCUGAUACCAGUUACAUUACCCGUGGUACCGGUGGCCACCCUGCAACCAGUUAAUAUUGUACCAGGCACAAUAAUGCCCGUACAAUCCAGCGCCGCCACCCUGCCAGUAAAUAAACUAACACCUGUGGUGAAUAUAAAAGCCCCAGUUGUCAAACCACCAGUUGCGGUUGCUCUCCAAAAUCCAGCACAAACGGUAAAAGUCAUCAAUGCUCCCGCCCCGGCAGCAAAAGUAACCACAACUCCCCCAACUAAUCCCAAACCUAAAACCAUAUUCCUUUCCUCGAAUGAUUUUAAGGCCCUCAUGCAAAAGGUCAAUACCACAAAUGGUGGUGGUGUCAAAAAAUCUGGAACACCACCGAAAAUUAUUAUGAAAACCGCCAGUGGUAAAUUUAUAACAGCAAAUAAAUUGGGACAGGCAACAACAAGUGUCACAACAAGUCAACAACCAAAAACAUCGGCAACAAUCUCUCUGCCAAAUGGUGUUAAAUUGGCCAAAAAUAAUUCUCGUGCGGAUUUACAUUCAUCUUUGCGUGACUUUAGCGGUGCCAGUGAUGAUAAAAUUCUUAAGAAACAAUUGCGUAUGUUGAAAAAUCGUGAAUCGGCCUCAUUGUCGCGGAAAAAGAAAAAGGAAUACGUUGAACGUUUGGAAAAUCGCAUACACAAUUUGGAAAAGGAAAACUAUUCAUUGAAGGGGGAAAACACAUCAUUACGUUCCCAGCUAAUGGCCUUUGCUCAAUCCUGCAAUUGUAAAAACCGCAAUGUCAGCGAAUUCAUUUUGAAAACUCUCAACAUUAAUGCGACAUCAUCGUCCAUGAGGCAUCAUGUUAAAAUUGCUCCAAAACCUUUAAAUGCCAACAACAGCACAUCUUUUAAGGGUUUCAAACAUCGUAUGAAUGCGGCAACGGUUAAGAAAAAUGUGGCCGUUCUAUUUGCAAUGGCCUUUAUGGUCACUCUGAAUGUGGGUAAUUUCCAAAAUUAUCUAAAUAAAACAACAGCAUUGGAAAAUGCCAUGGAAGCUAGUGCCGCCACCGCAGCAGCAGCCAAUGAAGCUGAAUCGCCAUUGGUUGCCCCAACGGGUAGACGCCUGCUAUGGGUUCCGAAUGAACAUGAAUUUAUGGAACAAACCAACCGCAGCAAACGUGAAGCUGCCAAUAUACCACCACCACCGCCGCUACACUUUUUGCGGCCGGUAAAUCGCACCGCAACGACAACGGGUAGAUUGAAUGGAACGACAACGAAAGAUGAACCGCCUAUAAAGGGUGUGGAAUUUGGACCGACAACGGCUUAUGGAAAUAUGACAAAUUGUGCACAGGAAAAUAUGCGUUUGGCUAGGAAUUUACACAAAUGGAUUGGAGAUAAUGGAUAUUUGAAUAUGACCGGCGAUGACAAUGGACUUAUGGACAGCAACAAUGUUAAUGGACAAUUUAAUUUUGACACAGACUACGAUAUGGACUAUGAUGUGGGUGUAAAACAGAAACGUAAAAUCUAUUUAAAUAAUGGCGAGGAGGAACACUUGACCAUGUCGGCAGCAUCGGCAAAACAGAAAAAAUAUGACAUGGCAACGGAUGAACACAACUCAUUGGAUAUUUUCAAGCCGCGCAUCAGUGAGGAAUAUUUGCGGUUAUUCAGAGGUAUAAAGCGCCAGGAUGAUACAUUUUAUGUGCUAUCCUUUAAUAUGGAUCAUUUGCUGUUGCCGGCAUAUUCCUAUAAUAAAAGUGCCCGGCCAAAAAUGGCAUUAAUGUUGCCAGCCGGUGAUCCCUCAAUAAAUGGCGAUAUUGUUCUCAUGCAAAUUGAUUGUGAGGUUAUGAAUACGACAGAAUUGAAAAUUAAAUCGCAUAUGAUACCAGAGAAGUUGAGGCCGGUUAAAUAUGGACCCAAUGUACGUGUCCAUCCCAAUGAUGUGGCCAAUAAUGAAACAAAAAAUAAUGACGCAAAGGCAACCACAACUAAACCAUCAUCUGGUGGUGAGAUCCACUUGAAACGAGAGGAAGACAAGGUGGUUGUUGUGGAGAAACCUUCUCCUUCGGUGAAAGUUUAUAACAUGAUGGGUCCUAAAAAUCAUAUCAAUACAGCAUCGCCAUCAUCAAUACCAACAGCCACAGUUAAACCUUUGGCCGUGGAUACAGCUUCGUUUAAGCGCAGGCCAUUGAAAUUCAAUGCAAAUGACAGUGUCAUUGGCAGCGGUGUGCUAAAUGUUCGAAAUUCCACCUUAUUUACCCGUAUGAAGGAAACCGUCAUUAAUGGAGCUUCAAAUGGUUUUAUACCCUCAGCAGCGUCAGAGGUUAGAAAAUUGAUUUAA